GCGCCGCAGCCCCGCCUCUGCGGCGUCACAGUCCUGGCCGCAGCAGCAGCAACAACAACAACAAGAACCGCGAGGACGAGGCCAAGGGCAGCGGCGGCAGCUAGAGCAGCCCCGCUCCGGGCGUCUUGGGCAGCGGGGCGGAGAUGGCGCUUCGGCAGGCGCUGGGAAGGGGCGCGCGGCUGGGCCGGGGCCUGCUGUGGCGCUGGCUCGGAGGAGCGCCUCCCCCUCCUGCGCCGCCCAAGCCGGCCGCCUUUCUCGCCCGCCGCCCGCAGCAGCCGCCGCCGGCCCGCCCGGGCUUCCUGCGCGAGGCCGCGGCCCGGCUGGGCCUGACCGGCGGGCCUCCGUCGCCGGGCCUGCUGCUGUUCCGGCAAAUGGCGCCGCGGGUCCCCCUCGGGCCCCGCCGCCUCGGGCUGGCCUUCGGCCUCGGGCUGGCGCUUCUAGAGCCGGCGCUGGCCGAGCAGAGGCAGGCGAGCGAGGCCUGUAAGGGCAUCCAGACAAUAUUUAUCCAGAGGAACAAACCUCAGAAAGAGCCCCUGGGCUUAUUCCGCCAGCAAGGCUUCAAAUUGGAAGAAUAUUCCAUUGGACGAUCUAUUGGCAAAGGCUGCAGCGCAGCUGUGUAUGAAGCAACAACCCCUUUUGCCAUGCCUCACAAAGCAAGUUCGGAGCCAAAAGCUGAUCAUUUUGAUCAUUACGAUGGUUCAGAUGCCCAGACUGGAGGGGGAAAGCUCUGCCAAGUUGGUUGUUGGAGAACUGGCUUCCCGCUGGCAAUCAAGAUGAUGUGGAACAUUUCGGCUGGUUCUUCAAGCGAAGGCAUCCUCAACUCCAUGUCACAGGAGCUUGUUCCAGCCAGCGGUUCAGCCUUAUCUGGAGAAUUUGGUGCGAUCACUCCUCCCAGGCAACUUGUCUUCGGGAAGAAGAGGCUGAAACCUCAUCCAAAUAUAGUCCAGGUGCUUCGAGCAUUCACAUCACACGUCCCACUGCUUCCUGGUGCAACGGUGGACUAUCCAGAUGUUCUGCCCUCCACACUGAAUCCCUCUGGAAUAGGGCACAGCCGCACACUCUUCCUAGUGAUGAAAAACUACCCAUGUACACUGCGCCAGUAUCUCUGCGACAGGAGCCCAGCUGCCCACCUGGGCACCAUGAUGAUCCUGCAGCUACUGGAAGGAGUGGACCACCUCGUUCGACACGGAGUGGCUCACAGGGAUUUGAAGUCUGACAACAUCCUUGUUGAGUUUGACGCCGCUGGGUGUCCAGGGCUGGUCAUCUCAGAUUUUGGCUGCUGUUUGGCUGACAAAACAAUUGGCUUGAAACUCCCUUUUACUAGCUGGUAUGUGGAUCGUGGGGGCAAUGGCUGCCUCAUGGCGCCAGAGGUGGUCACUGCGACCCCCGGUCCCGGGGUUGUGAUAGACUACAGCAAAGCAGAUACAUGGGCGGUUGGGGCAAUGGCAUAUGAGAUCCUUGGUGCCCAUAACCCCUUCUACGGCAAAGGGGGAGCUGCUCUGGAAAGCAGGAGCUAUCAAGAUAAGGACCUGCCGCCCUUGCCAGAUACUGUACCCCUGGAAGUGAGGAAGCUGGUUGGGUUGCUGCUUCGGAGGGAUCCGGCCAAGAGGCUCUCUGCACGAGUUGCAGCCAACAUCCUCCACCUGAGUCUCUGGGGUGGUGAUACUCUCAGCCUGGAAGACCUGAGACCCGCCAAGAUGGUUGGCUGGCUUCUUCACCAAUCACUCGCCACCUUAUUGACAGAUCGCUUUGGAGAUGGGAGCAAAGUCGAAACAACGCUGAAGAGGUGCUUUCUGGCAAACCUGGAGUAUGAAGAUCUCUUUGAGGCAGCCGCCCUGCUCCACUCUUGGAGGAGCAUAGUGUCGUGAUGGGCUCAGAUCUGCUCACAGCUGUUGUUGACAUUUCCUCUGAUGUUCCACUAAAAGCAUUUAAACUGGCUAAGCUACCUCUUCCUUGCAGGCCGAAAAAAAAUACUGUAGGUAAGAAGCACUUUCUAGGGAUUGGAGUGUUCUCAUUGCAAAGGUAGAUUGGGUUUGGUUCUGCUGAAAAAACCCCCAAACAAACCUGAUGUGGUCAUUGCAUUUGGCCAGCAAAGAAAUUUAGGUUGAUUGUGUUGCUUUGAAAACAGAGUAACUGGCUGCAGUAGUUCCUUUUCAAGAAUUGGGUCUCUGCUUCAAACAUCUUAAGAGUCUCUGUUGAGAAGGGAGGCAGCAUUGAUGCAAAAUAGUGCCCUCCAGAUGUUUCAGAGGGAGUGUUUCAGAUGGGAGUUGCCUUAGAAGGGGAUGGCUCCUCUACCAGUUCCAUGCACCCCAGCUGAAACGAAACCUUUAUAGGAUUGCUCUGCUGAUCUUUCCUACUUAGUCCUUCUAGACUUCCCCAGCCAAAAUGCAUGUUAAUUGUUCAGUUGUUAAUUAAUCAGUGAAUGAGCACAACAAGGAAAUAAAGAAACUAUUCUAGAGCCAAAAAGAUAAACAUGUUUAAUCUAAACAGGGCACCAAUAAUAUCUGGCAAGGGUCCUUAAACAAAGAGACAAGGUUACUUGAACUGUAAUGAGCACAAAACAAACUCAUUUAGAUAAGGUACCUGCUGGAAAGAACAGCUGUAUAUUUUGUGAAUGCAGAGCUGAAGGGAAGCACAUACUGGUCCCUGCCUAAGAGCCACUGGUGGCAUGGAUUUUGGUGUGUAUUAUAGUCUAUUGUAAAUCACCUUGAGAUUGAAAGGCAGGAUGUAAUCUUCUAAAUAAUGGGUGGCUCACCUGCCGCCCCCCCCCCAGAUGUUGGAGGCUGCAACAUUUGGCCAGUGGUCAGGGGGUGUUGGGAGCUGCAGUCCAGCAACAGCUGGAGGCUGAGAAAUGCCUAAUCCUUGUUAUAGAGAAGUGGGGGUGGGGAGACUGUGUGAAGGACAAGAAUGUUAUAGGGAAGCAAAGUGAAAGGAGGACUUUGAAUCAGGAGGAGAAAGCACCUUCCAUUUGGACUGGAGUACUUCCAUAUAUUUUUUUGCUAAUUGGGGUAGGAGCAGUGAAGGGUCAUUUGCAUUUAAGACAUCCAAAUAUUCCAAGUUUGAUUCUUUUCUUUAUAUUAAAAAAGAGAAGCAUCACACCACUUUGAUGAUCCAGCUGGCAACAAAAAAUUCUGUCCUUGCCUUGCCAUCCCAAUCACUUGCCUAUCAAGGAUUCCACAUGUUUGCCUGCAUAGAAUUCCUGAUCAUUCAUAGCGACCAAGCCAAGCAGUUUAAAGGAUGCUUUAGUGACACAGGACUUCUAAAAAAAUAGAUAUUUCAAUACUAGAAAGGAAGUUGACGGAAUCCCAGACCACUCCAUGCAGUUGAUUUCUAGAAAGCAACUAUCACAGUGAUCUACCACAUAUACUUUUGGAGACUAUUUUAAGACUUAAAAACAGGGCGGGGGAGGGGGUUGGUUCACAUGACAUCUGCAACUAUAAAACAAUUCCCAUGCUGGAGGGUGCAAGAGUCCCUGGAUUAUUCCCUCUUCAUAUGAUGAACAAGAGGAGAGGUGAAAGGGCUGGGGUGGGGGAGAGAAGUAUCUACCUAAGCUUUGGCAUCACAGUAGGCUCACUGAGCCACCUCUCAUUUGGCAGAAUGAGUAAACGUUGAUGUUCUACGGAAUCACUUUGGGGUGUUAAUAGCCUGUGUUGAGCAUUCUUAAUUACUUUAGUUAGACUUGGUAGCUGUUGAGGUGUUUGUUGCUAGUUGGGAGAGUGAAUUAGGUUACCUAUUGGUGAAAUAAAGUGUGUGUUACUUAAACACUAAAAGAGUA